ACAGCGGACGAGUUGAUUUUAUGAAUGGGGUCAGCCAACAAACAUGGAUUUUGUGUUCACAGUUGUAGAAAUGCGUGUAGUGUCCCGCUGAAGGGUCUGUGGCAAGUGUGUGGGCCUGAUAGGCCUCAGUCAGCGGCAUCAUGUCAGAAUACACAGGGAUGAGUGAGACUGCUCUGAAAUCUAUGUUGGAUCGAUGUACCAAUUUUGAUGAGAGACGUAAAAUUCGAGCUGCCAUUCGCAAUGCAAAGAACGGAUCCCUAGGUGGUCCUUCUCAGUCAAACCAUUCAGGUGGUGGAAGACUCCUCCACAAUACCAUGGCAAGCAGGUUGGGCCGAGGUAAUAGCUUUGAUAGAGCUGGUUCCAGUUACAUUGGAACUUGUCAAAGCAGCUUUGGAACUCGUGAAUAUUCUACUAACAGGGAUCAAGGAAGAGUGACCAGUGGUACAGGCAGAUAUAAUGAUAAGUCAAGGCACAUUGAUGAUGUAUCAAGUAAAGUAGGUUCUGCUAGAAAGGUCUCUCAAGUGGACUCUCUUGGAAAAGCUGGAUCUUCACGCAAGACCAGCAGAGAUGAGAGUUCAGUAGGCAGCUACAACCCUGCUACUAGUGGUUCAAGGCGACCUAGUCGUGACUUAAGUCAGAAGACUACUAAUAUUAGACGGUCAAAAGAAUAUGAGCCAUCAAGAGGCAGCGGUAGUAAUAGAAGAACCUCAAGAGAUGAAACUCUUACUGUCUCAAACAACAAGAGUCUGAUGUCUGGUGCUUCAGGAAUUAAAGAUAUUGGUGGCAAGCAUGUGUCGAUAGGAGAUGUACAAGAUGAAGCAGAACUUGAAAAAAUGUUAAGAGAGAGUCAUGAUUUUGAUGAACGCCGUAAAAUAAGAGCCCAGUUGAGAAAAAUUCGUGAUGAAAAAGAGAAAUCCAAAAGAAGCAGCAGCCAGAGCCAUAACAAUAACAAGAAGGAAGAUAGAGGGAAAAAUGAGGACAGAUCUAAGAAGACAGUGAGUGAGCAAAUGAAAAAAGCGUCCAACGAAACUGCAAUGGAGGUGAAUUAUGAAGCAAUUGAAGACGAGGAGGAGCUGACAAGAUUGCUCAAUGCUACAGAUGAUUAUUUUGUAAAGAAGAAGAUCAGGGCAGCUUUGAGGGGACUGAGGAAGAAAGGUGAAACAGUUGAGCAGAUGCCAGCAAGAAAAUCCAGUGCUGUCUCCAUUGUUACAAACAAGGCCAACCAAGAUACGAAAAAAAUCAGCUCAGUGAAUGUAAAGGACAUCCAAGAUGAACAAACACUGGAAAAGAUGCGGAAUACACUGACAAAACUUCACAAAGAGCUUGAAGAAACACGUGAUUUUGAUAAGAGGAGAGAAAUAAGAGCAGCAAUGCGGGAACUGAGGGCAAAGAUAAGGGAUGGAAAGGUUCAGUCUGCCACAAAUGAUACUUCUUCAAAGAUAAGCCCCAGGGAGCAGACAACAUCAAAAUCCGCAAGGAAGUCUAUAGUCCAGGAAGUCAAAGCUGAUGCACCUAAGAAAGUAUCAAAUGUGACAGCAAACAGCCACUUGCCACAAGAUAAUAAAAAAGAAACAGAGAAACAAAAAUCUCCAUUUUCUCCUAUACUUCAAGAAGCCACAGAUAUUGGAGAAGCUCAAGUCUCUCUUGAAACAGAAAAGUCUAAUGACUUGGUCAAUGAAAAAGCUGCAGUGCCAUCUGAGGUAUGUGACGAAACAGAAAAUAACAUUGUAUUACUUCCAGAUUUCACAGAUACAACCAGUGAUGUGAAGGUCACAAAGUCAAAUGAUGGAACUAUCACCAUAGAACAAUGUAAAGAAGAGGAUGGAGGUUUGAAGAAAGUGUCCAUGUCUUUCAAGCAAAAAAGGACUGACAGUCAGUCGGAUGAAGUGGAAAAGGAUACAGUAGUCAUCACAGAGAAGGAGGAACCGGAUGGUGAAAAGAUAGAAGAAAAAGAAGAAGUUAUCACCAAGAAGAAACUCAGUUCAAAGGGAUCCUUUUUAGUGAAGCGAGAUACUAAAGUAAGCACCAAGUAUCGCACUAAAAGUGGAACAGAAUUUAUUGAUGAGGAGAUUCUCACAGAAGAAGAUUCUAAAUCUGUCUCCAAGGGAACAGCAUCACAUAUGGAAAUGCAUAGCACCAUUCACAAAGAAAAGCCAACUGGUAAAUUAGAACUCAAAGAUGCAAACACAGAAGCAGAAAAGGAGGUAUUUGCAGCAAGUGAUAAAGAAAUCCAGAAUGAUGAGAUUCAGCAAGUUAAAGAAACUUCAGACAUUUCUGAUACUGCUGAUGCAAGCGUGAGUGGAGAAAGGGGUUCUACAAUCACUCAGUUAUCAGAAAACCAAUUUUGUAAUGUUUCAUCCAGGCAAAAUGAAGUUGUCAGUAAAGAUGUCCAAGUAAAAGAAGAGGGUUCUACAAAGGAUAGUCAACAGAAAAGAGAAAUUGGCUCUACAGCUGAAGGUCUACAUGUUGCUGAAGCAGUCAGAGAUCUUUCCAAGAGAAGCAGUGGAUAUGGCAGUGAUAAAGAUGCAUCUGAGGAAGAUGUUAAAGAUGACAUUUUUGAAGAAAAAUUGAAAGACGCUGGACUCAAACCAACCAUUUCAUGCCCAUUAGCAGACCUCUCGGUGCUAGAUGGUGAGACAGCCACCUUUAAAUGUGAGUGCCUGAAUGCGGACAAUGCCUCUGUAAGCUGGCACAAGAAUGGGAAAUUACUCAAACCAUCAAAGGACUUUCAGCAGACAUUUGAUGGCAGAACAGCUACACUGAUGAUAGAUGAGGUCUUCCCAGAAGAAAGUGGUGAAUUCAAGUGCACCUUCAAUACAAAAACCGGACAGGCAGAAAGUACUGCCAAGAUGAUUGUCAAAGAUAACCCCAACUUGGUGUCACCAGCAUUUACCAAACAGCUUUCAGACCAGAUAGUGAUGGAUGGGGAUAAAGUUUCAUUAGAGUGUGAAGUAUCUGGCACCCCUAAACCCACAGUGCUGUGGUACAAAGGCAGCAAAGUCCUGAAGAACUGCAGUGACUUUAAGCAGAGUUUUGAUGGUGUAAAGGCUGUCUUGUGCAUAACAGAGGUGUUUCCAGACGACACGGGAAAGUUUACAUGUGAGGCCAAGAAUGAAGCUGGGGAGGCAAAGAGCACAUGUCAACUUACUGUGAAAGAAUACAGUCAAGAAGAAGAAGAGAAACAAGCUCCAAGUUUGCCACGCUUUACCAAAUCCUUGAUGGAUAUUGUGGCAGAGGAUGGCCAGAAAGUAGAGUUGGAGUGCACUGUGGAAGCCUCGCCAGAACCCACCAUAUCAUGGUACAAAGAUGGCCUUAUUAUAAGUAAAAAGAACCCAGACUUCACCCAGGUUUUCUCAGAUGGUGUUGCCAAACUGGUGAUUAGUGAGGUUCUUCCUGAUGAUGAGGGUCAAUUCAAGUGUCUAGUUAAGAACUCUGUGGGUGAGGCUGAAACGGUGGCUAAUCUGAAACUGAAAGUGCCUCCAAUAGAAGGCAGGAGUCCUGAAAUUCUGCAACCACUCAAAGACAUGGUGGCCGUAGAUGGCAAACCAAUGAGUCUACAGUGUCAGUUCUCUGCUGUACCAGAACCUACAGUCACAUGGUACAAGAAAGGUAAACCACUUACAGAGGAUGCAGAUUUCAAGCUAUAUUUCCAGGAUGGUGUUGCAAAAUUAGAGAUAAUGGAAGUUUUUCCUGAAGAUGAAGGAGAGUAUGAUUGUGUUGCCAAGAAUGAAUUUGGAGAGGCCAAAUGCUCUUGCAGAAUGGAUGUUAAAGCUAACAGACCAGUAGAAGGAAAGGACCCUAGUGUCAGUGCCAAUAUAGAAAGUGUCCUUGAAGAUUCUGUCACCACAGACACAGAUGUGGUUGACAGGGCAGUCACAGACAGUGAGCAAAACUUGGAAAACAAGGAAGAUACAGAAAUGAAGGAUAAAGUGGCUGAAGUUGACAGGGCAGUGACAGACACAGUAGCAGAAGAGAUUUCAGAGAACAAGAUGGCAGAUGAUCGGGAUGUGGAUGAGAUUAAUGAGGAGGAUGUCCUCCAGAGAAUGCUCAACAACACGCAAGAUUUUGAUCAACGAAAGAAAAUAAGAAAUAGGAUCAAACAUCUUAGAGAACUUCACAAAAACCAGAAACUUGGGAUACAGGACAAACAGCGUGAAGAGGAAACCAAGGCCCGCCAAAUGGCUAGUCAGGAUGAAAUGAAGCGCCGGGAAAAGCUGGAAGAUGAGGCUAAGGCAGCCCGUCUCGCAGCUAUGACCAAAAAGCAUGAAAGUGCAGUCCCAGAUUUUACAAAAGCAGAUGCUGCAUCCAAAGAUGCUGCAAAGGCACGCCAGUUGAAAAAAUUCGAGGAAGACGCUAAAUCAUCUCAACUUGGAGCCAAAUCCGGUGCUGAUGCUGGAACCAAACUACUUAAAGAAAAAGCAGAUGCUCAGAAACAGGCCACCAUGAAGGCUUAUGGUCGCAUCGCAGAAGAUGAAGCAUUUGACAAGACAAUCACAGAUGUAACCACAACAACGGUGAAAGAUGGAGCCAGCUCUAAGACAACAACAACAACAACUACGAAAACAUCGAGUGGAUUUACGAAAAAGUCUGCUCCUCCAGAUGCACAAAGUUUAGCAGAACAAUUUUCCAACUGCAGCAGCCCAGGGACCAGUGGCUCUAUCACUGUCAAAUACCAAGCUUGGAAUUCAAGAGAUGGUUUAAUAGAAAAUACUGAGCAGACAAAAACAUGGGGAGGUGGGACACAUAAUUUGUCCAAAUCAAAAUACCCCAGCACGUUGGCAAAUCUUGGCAAAUCACGGGGUGCAAUAGCAGCAUUAGGUAGUCUGCUUCAUUUUCUUUUUUUAUUUCUGUUUAUUCCUUUAUUUGUACUCAUCAUUGUUGUUACAUCUAUUUGAUGGCAUAGUAUUUACUGUAGACAGUGUGGCAUUCAUUUUGUAUUUCUACAUAGACUUUGAAAUGAAUUAUAUAUUUUGAACUUAAAAAU